UUCGUUUGGGCUCUGGUUAUUCCCGUAAUUAUUAACGAACUUCAAUGGCAUUUAGAUAAACACAGAGCUUUUGUGUUUAAGCGGAUAGUUAUAGACAAAUAAGUCACGAAGGAAACGAAUCUGUUGCAAAUGGAGGAUGCCAAAACUGAAGUGGAGAAGAAGGUGUCUAUACUUUUAAAGUUUAUUCAAAACAAAAACAAGAUCCCAAAGGUUACAAAGAAGGAGCUUGUUGGGAUUGUUGAAGAUCUUCAUAAGCAGUGUCAGUUACUUUACUUUGUGUUUGAUGAUUUGGGGACUAAUGGAAGAAAAGGAAAAUUGGGUACUGCUACUUCAUCGAGGUCUAGUUCGGAUUUGGAUUACUAUUCCUCAGAGGAAAUAGAGAUCACUGCUGAUAAUGUUAGUGAAACAUUGAGCUCAGAUUAUGCGGUGAUGCUCAGAAAGCUACAAGAGACUGAGUUAAUAAAUGAAGAUUUGGAGAGACAGGUGAGCAAUCUGAAACAGGAAACGGACAAUCUACGCGAUCAAAACAUGGAGGUGGCGGGCGAUAUUGAAGGUAAGAGAAACGAGGACAGAGGACAUCUCAAGGGGUUGAUGAGUAAAAGUGAAGCUGCAUUGUUGUGUAACCAGAAAAAGGAGUUGGAAUUGGAGCUGGAGAAGAAAGCCAAUCAAGUUUUAGAGACGCAAAUGCGAUUGAAGCGUUUGGAGGAAGAAACAAAGAAACGGGCCAAGGCGGAGAUGAAGAUUGUUGAAGAAAAGGAAGCCUUGUGGAACAAAAAAGUACAGAAACUUGAAGCGGGCGUGGAUACUUUGCGGAAGAAGAGAAAGGAGUUUAAUGAGGAGAUGAAGAGUAAGAUUACUGAGAUUGAUUGUCUUAGGGAAGAGAAUCAGAAGCUGCAUACAAGAAUUUCAGAGAUUAGUAAAAUUGAAGACAAGAGUAAGAAACUUGAGUACCAAGAUAAGGAACGAGAAGAUAUCAUUCAACGGCUAUCAAUGGAGAUCAAGGAUCAGAAGAAGGUUAUGAAAGAACAGAAAGACGCCAUUGAUAAGUUUUCAGAGGAUCAGAAGGUGAUGAAACGUUGGUCAUUUGGUUCGAAAUUGAAUACUAAUCUUCUCGAGAAGAAGAUGGAUGAGUUAGCGGAAGAUUUUCGGAUGAAAAUGGAAGAUCAUAUCCGGAUACUUCACAGGAGGAUCCAUGUAGCCGAACAAAUACACUUAGAGAGCAAGAACAACUAUAUCAAGAAGCGCGACAACACACAAACACAAGAAAACAGAGGAAACAGAGCAGAUUUCAAGAAAAUCAAGGAAAUGGUGGAACAAGGGCUUACUGGACCAGAGAUGGCGUUAAAGAAGCUGGAAGAAAGCGGGGAAUUAGUGAGCCGAGUCACGAGAUUAUCUAAAGAGAUCGAUUCAGCGAGAAAAUGGGUGAAGGAGAAAGACAACAACAUGAAGCAUGAAGUUGAAACUCUAGAGGCGAAGCUAGAAUGUAGAGAAGCACAAGAAUCUCUGCUAAAGGAGAAGCUAUCAAAACUAGAGGCGAAGCUAGGAGAGGAAGGAACAGAGAAGCUGAGUCUAUCAAAGGCUAUGAGGAAAAUAAAAAAGCUUGAGAUUGAUGUGAAGGAGAAAGAGUAUGAGUUGUUGAGUUUAGGAGAAGGGAAGAGAGAAGCCAUAAGACAACUAUGUGUUUUGGUUGAUUAUCAACGUUGUCGAUAUGAUGAUCUCAAAACAUCCAUUUGUCACGUAGCUCUUCAAGCAUAAACUUUCUUCUUCUUUUUUGGUGCAAAUAUUGUAAAUAUUAAAUAUGUUGCAAGAUU